AUGCGACCCAGAAUCCUGUCCAUACCACCUCUGCUAUACGUCCUCCUCUUGCCGACCGGGAUCACGAUUAAUGCCAGACCACAAGGCCGAAACUUAGGAGAUCCAGAGUGGGUCUUACAGCAGUCUUAUCAAGGUCCUAGCUUCUUCGACGACUGGGACUUCUGGUCAGAUCGAGACCCGACAAACGGGAUCGUGGAUUACCAGACGGUCGAUCAGUGUCGAGAUAAGGGGCUGAUAUAUACGGAUGGAGAGGGUCGAGUGAUCAUGCGAGCCGAUAGUUGGACAGACCUAGGCCUGAACCAACCUCGCCCAUCCGUUCGAAUACACUCGAAACGUCUCCUCUCCCUUCCAUCUCUGACGAUCCUCGACCUGGACCAUAUUCCUACAGGCUGUUCUAUCUGGCCAGCUUACUGGUACUGCGGUCCGAACUGGCCAAAUGGCGGGGAGGUAGAUAUCGUAGAAGGGGUGAAUGGAGCGGAGAGGAAUCAGAUGACUCUGCACACUGGGGAGGGCUGUAAGCUGACUAGCCCAGGAGUGUUCUCUGGCCAGACAUUGGGCACGGAUUGCCAUUCCGCUCCAGGCAAGAAUGAUGGCUGCGGUAUCGCUUCGGCCGCAGAUCGGACAACGGGUAAGGGAUUCAACGACGAUGGAGGAGGGGUAUAUGUCACGGCUUGGAUGGAUGGAGGGAUUAGCAUAUGGAUCUUCAAACGGUGGGAUACGCCUGAGGACGUAUGGGAUCGGAGUCGGACGCCCGAGCCGGACAGCUGGAGGUUACCUGAUGCGCAUUUCGCUGCGAGCGGAUGUCAUUUCACCGAGAUGCAGAUGAUCUUUGACAUCACUUUCUGCGGAGACUGGGCAGGAUCACCGGGCGCUUGGUCGGGUUCGGGGUGUCCUGGGACGUGUGCAGAGACGGUCAUGACGGCGGCAAAUUUCAAAGAGGCAUACUUUGCCAUCAACGACCUCCGAGUGUACAGUCCGCCGGGUACGGGUCAAAACAACAACGGCACCCCCACCUUUGGCGAGCCUUGGAGCGAUCGAGGCGACGAUGGUGGAGGGGGCGUGAUGAGCUGGAUCGGAGAGGCCCGGCCCGCGGUCGUUUGCGACCAAAGGAUGUUGAUCGGGAUCGUGCUGGUCGUCCUUGGCAUCACCGUCGUCGUGGGGUCGAGCUGA